AUGGGAUACUAUUUUGGAAAUCAGGGCGGUUAUCGCAAUGUCGCUGUCGAGCUCGAAAGGGUCGGCCUGGAGGGCCGCAUCGCGAAAACGUCAGCUGUACAGUAUCUUACAGAUAUUGGUGUCAGUAAGGCGUUCCAAUCCGAGGUCGUCGAGCCCUGCGUACGUGCGCGUUUUUCUCUUGACCUGACGCAGGUUCGAGCGAUAGGUGCAUUCAUGGCUUGCAAGGAGUCAAAAGAAAUGUUUAUAGAAGGUGGCAACGUCCAACUUGUAGAAGCAAUGGUCAAUACUUCGCUAGCGGACGUGCAGCUGCGAAGCGAGGUAGUUGGCAUCGAACAGGGCCAGGAUCGACGCUACAAGCUCUCUAUCGGGAAUGCAUCCGGUUUCGCGUCACAUCAAUAUCGAGAAUUCGAUAUAGUCGUCUUGACAGGGCCGGUACACGGCAGUCCCAUCCUAGGUAGCCUCGCAAAGCUGAGCCCGCUGCCGGAGAAUCUCCUGUCGCCACAAAAGCACAUCGCAACACAUGUCACCUACUUUGCUACUGAGCACGGCUUAAAACCACAGUAUCUUAACCUAUCUGCUGACAUCGAAGUCCCCGACCGCCUGCUGACGACAUCUGCCGAACUUAAUCUGAUGUCUUUCUCCAAGUGGGAUUGGAUGGGUUAUUACUGGGAAGACCGACUUCGGCGCAAGAAGCCCUGGAUACCACGGAGCGACCCGGAAGAGUACGAGUGUGCGAACGGCAGGUUUCAUUACGAGAAGCUGUAUCGUGUCGUGACUCGCCGAUACGCCUCGAACCGCGAGCUUGCUACCAUGGUCGGGAAGAGCUGGGAAGAUGGGCAAGAUGCUACGGAUGUCGGUAUUAGCUGGGUGCAUCGACAAGAAUGGGGCAAAGCUGUGCCAAACUUUGAAGUGAACGGGAAUCUAUCAGGAGACAUCGAGAUGAUGGAAGGUCUUUACUGGGUAGAUGAUGUGGAUGAGAUCAUGUCGUUGCUGGAAAUGAGUUGCAAAAUGGGGAGAAAUGUGGCUUCAAACAUUCUAAACACUCAAGACCGAGACACGCCCAGGCGCGUGCAUAGCGAGCUGUAG